UUUCAGACUCGCCGAAAGCCGUCGGGUGGACCCUUCGUCGACACGAUGGGCGAGAUUUACUCGCCUUCGCAGUCGAAGGGCUUCAAUCAACCAUAUGGAUACCCGAUGAAUUGUAACCUUAGUCGAGUAUUCAUGGAGAUGACUGAAGAAGAUCGAAAGUGCCUGGAGGAGCGCAAAUAUUGGUGUUUUUUACUGAGCAGCAUCACCACAUUCUGCGCCUCAAUGAUAUUGGUCGUAAUAUGGCGAGUGGUGACACACCUGUGCUGUCAACGCCGAGAAAAAGAGUUUGUGGAGCCCAUACCUGCUCCGGAAGCCGUCCAAAUAAAUAUGAACGGGUCGAAGCACGCGCCAAGUGAAACCGACCCGUUUUUGAAGCAACAAGAGGAAAAACACUUGGGAUGGAUGACAGAAGCCAAGGACUGGGCUGGCGAGCUGAUAUCCGGACAAAGUCUGACGGGACGGUUUCUGGUACUUUUGGUGUUCAUUUUAUCGAUUGGAUCGUUGAUUAUUUAUUUUUACGACGCUAGUUUCCAAAACUUCCAAGUAGAAACGUGCAUCCCGUGGCAGGACAGUCCCUCGCAACAAAUCGACCUGGGCUUCAACAUAUUUUUUCUCGUCUAUUUUUUCAUUAGAUUCAUCGCCGCGUCCGACAAAGUUUGGUUUCUGCUUGAAAUGUACAGCUGGAUUGAUUUUUUCACGAUUCCGCCAAGCUUCGUGGCAAUUUACUUGCAGAGGAAUUGGCUCGGAUUCCGUUUCCUCCGUGCUCUUCGCCUCAUGACCGUACCCGACAUUCUACAGUACCUCAACAUCCUGAAAACAUCUUCAUCAAUCCGAUUGACACAGUUGGUCACAAUUUUCGUGGCGGUUUGUCUGACUGGAGCCGGCUUGGUGCACUUACUGGAAAAUUCUGGGGACUUCUUCAAAGGAUUUAUAAAUCCGCACAGAAUCACUUAUGCGGACUCUGUGUACUUUGUACUGGUCACAAUGUCUACUGUCGGAUAUGGAGAUAUCUAUUGUACGACGCUUUGCGGCCGACUUUUCAUGAUUUUCUUCAUUCUGUUCGGUUUGGCCAUGUUUGCAAGUUACGUACCAGAAAUUGCCGAUUUGAUUGGAAACCGGCAAAAAUACGGUGGGGAGUACAAAGGAGAGCACGGGAAGAAGCACAUAGUGGUCUGUGGCCAUAUCACCUACGAUUCGGUGUCCCAUUUUCUUCAAGAUUUCCUACACGAGGACCGUGAUGACGUGGAUGUCGAAGUGGUGUUUUUGCAUCGUGUCGUGCCGGAUUUGGAGCUGGAAGGCUUGUUUAAGCGGCAUUUCACAAAAGUCGAAUUUUUCACGGGGACUGUCAUGGAUUCUCUGGAUCUUAGCAGAGUCAAGAUCGGGGACGCCGACGCCUGCCUGGUCCUUGCCAACAAGUACAGUACCAAUCCGGACGCCGAGGACGCCGCAAACAUUAUGCGUGUAAUUUCGAUCAAAAACUACUCAUCGGACAUCAGAGUUAUUGUGCAACUAAUGCAAUAUCACAAUAAGGCCUACCUUCUAAAUAUCCCCUCCUGGGACUGGAAACGAGGUGAUGACGUCAUCUGUCUCGCGGAGCUUAAGCUCGGAUUCAUUGCUCAAAGCUGUCUGGCACCCGGAUUCUCUACGAUGAUGGCUAAUUUAUUUGCAAUGAGAAGUUUCAAAACGUCUCCUCACACCCCUCUCUGGCUUAACGACUACUUACGUGGUGCCGGAAUGGAAAUGUACACGGAAAGUCUGAGUCCUUCGUUUGCGAAUAUGUCAUUUCCAGAAGCUGCAAACCUAUUAUUCAACCGCCUGGGGCUUCUUCUUCUGGCGAUUGAGCUUAAAGAUGAGGAAAAUAAAGAAUGCAAUAUUGCAAUCAAUCCAGGCCCACAUAUUGUCAUCCAGCCUCAAACUCAAGGAUUUUUCAUUGCUCAGAGCGCUGACGAGGUGAAGCGGGCGUUUUUCUGGUGUAAGCAGUGUCAUGACGAUAUUAAGGACGUUUCCUUGAUCAAAAAAUGUAAAUGCAAAAAUUUGGCCCUCUUCCGUCGCAACACCAAACACUCGACAGCGGCCCGUGAUUAUUCGGACUUUGACGCUCUGUUUUAUCAGAAUGACGCAAGAGCCACCGAUGUGCUCCAGCAGUUCCAGCCACAAGCGCCAGCAGGUCCGAUGGGCCAUUUGGGCCAACAAGUUCAGCUAAGGAUGAUUAAUCAACAGAGUUCGACGAGUGAUACUCAUCUCAACACGAAAUCCCUUCGAUUUGCCUAUGAAAUCAAAAAACUCAUGCCAUCUUCCGGAGGACGCCGAAAUUCGAUGAGUAUUCCGCCAGACGGCAGGGGUGUCGAUUUUAGCAAGGAUUUUGAGCAGCAAUUCCAAGACAUGAAAUAUGACAGUACUGGAAUGUUCCACUGGUGUCCAUCCCGUAACCUAGAGGACUGUGUUCUGGAGCGCCACCAGGCCGCUAUGACCGUACUCAACGGCCACGUGGUGGUUUGUUUGUUCGCUGAUCAGGAUUCUCCGCUAAUUGGGCUCCGGAACUUCAUAAUGCCACUAAGAAGCUCAAACUUCCAUUAUCAUGAGCUCAAACACGUGGUUAUUGUGGGAGACCUGGAAUAUUUGAGGAAAGAGUGGAAGACGCUGUACAACUUGCCGAAAAUCUCGAUUUUGAAUGGCUCCCCGCUAUCUCGAGCAGAUUUACGCGCCGUCAACAUUAACCUCUGCGACAUGUGUGUCAUAAUCUCUGCCCGGGUCCCAAAUACCGAAGAUACCACUUUGGCAGAUAAGGAAGCGAUUCUGGCAUCAUUGAACAUUAAAGCUAUGCAAUUUGAUGAUACCCUUGGCUUUUUCCCGAUGAGGCAUCAAACUGGCGAUCGGAGCCCGCUGGGCUCCCCGAUUUCCAUGCAGAAGAAGGGCGCCAAGUUUGGGACCAAUGUGCCGAUGAUUACGGAGCUUGUUAACGACUCAAAUGUGCAAUUCCUCGACCAGGACGACGACGACGAUCCGGACACCGAGCUCUACCUCACGCAGCCCUUCGCCUGCGGAACUGCCUUCGCCAUUUCAGUGUUGGAUUCUUUGAUGAGUACUACCUACUUCAACGACUCGGCCCUGACCCUCAUCCGAACUCUGGUCACUGGUGGAGCCACACCGGAGCUUGAACUUAUUCUGGCAGAAGGCGCCGGGCUCCGAGGUGGCUACAGUACCCCGGAGACCCUCUCAAACAGAGAUCGGUGCCGAAUUGCUCAGAUUUCGCUGCAGGAUAACCCGUACGAUGGAGUUGUGCACAACACUACCUAUGGUGCAAUGUUCACGAUAGCUCUGAGGAGGUACGGCCAACUUUGUAUCGGGCUGUAUAGGCUUCACGACCAGGAUAAUCCGGACUCUAUGAAGCGAUAUGUUAUCACUAAUCCUCCAGCAGAAUUGAGGAUUAAAAAUACUGAUUACGUCUACGUACUUGAACAAUUCGAUCCGGGACUGGAGUACGAGCCGGGCAAACGACACUUUUAGGGCCUAAUUUUAUCCGAUUUUCUUGCUACAAACUACGGGUUAUCCGACUCCGAAGGACCAAUAAUAUUUGCAAAUGCUCAUUUUUAGGACUUUUUUUGAAUUCUUGUCAAAAAAAAAUUUUUUUGAAAUUUUUUCUGAAGAACAAUUAAGGGUAUCGUGUGGACCUGAAUUCCAACCAAAAAAACUGGAUCUUUUUUUGAUUUUUUUCUGUUUUUGUGCUAAUAAUUGAUUUGAAUUGCCUUAUUUCGAUUAAUAAACCAUUUUUUGAAAAAAAAAAA